AUGUCAGCCCCCGAGCAGCAAAACAAUGCGCCAGCAGCGGGCGAGGUUGCCACGGAGGAAAAGUCGAUCGAGGCAAGGUACAUCGAGCUCCUGGAACGACACGUUCGCCUACUCGAAGGCAAGUUGAAGGCUGGAGACGGCAACGUCGCAGAUCCGCCGAAGGGGAAGGCCUCUCACGUUCGCUCGGACAGCACCGUCGCCCAGGCUGGAGCGGAUGGAAAAGACGGCGAAGAGAAGAACGGCACUGCAUCAUCUGGCGAAAAGAGAGUUCAAUACCGCAAGAAAGUGAUCAACGAGUCCGGCUUCCUGGUUGAGGAGCCCUACGAACAUGAAGCCAAGAAGCCCGAAACGCCCAAGGAGGAGCAAUCACGGACUGCAGCCACGGUGAUUAAGUAUUUCGACUCCAGGCAGGUCAACUACGAUACAGAGAUCAAGAUAGAGAGCGCGGCCGCCAGAGAAAUCCUUCAGGAGAAGCUUAGACACUACCCAGACUUCCACUGGGAUAACCCAAACCUCAGCAUCCUGACACCCUUUACGCCAUUGGUUCACAACUGGGACAUUCUUGAAGAGGCAUCGAAGGGAGACACAAACGGCGCACGCGACCUGGCCGCCAUUUUAGAUGCCGUCAAGGAUACCGGCGGGGUCAAGGACUAUCUCGAGAAGCAGGAGUCCACGAAUGACCUUGUCUCUUUCGGGUUGCUUUGGACGGUCUUCAAGCCAGGCGAGUUAGUGCUCAUGCCCAGCUCCUUCAUGAAGAGGAAACAAGCCUUCAUCCUCCGCAAUACAACUGUGCGCCAGCUCCAUCCCGGCUCACGAAAGACUUACAUGUCUGCCUCCUGCUGGGCAUACGACUGGAACGGGUUGGAGCGGACGUUCAAUCGCGUGGGCGUCGAGCUGAAGAUCGAGUCUUACAAAGGCCAGAAACUUGUCACGAGCCUGCCAUUCUACCCACUCAGCUUCUACAAGGGGGACGUAGAAGAGCUUCGAACAGAGCUGAUUGAUCGUGGAAAGCGGUUUCGGGAGUUCUGCAUCAGCCCGCCAGGAAAGCAGAUGUUCGAGUAUGAUGGUAUGGCGCAUUAUCGGGGAACUGGACUUCGUCGCCUGGAGGGGGCCGAUAAAUCUGGCAGCUUGCCAGAUGAUUCCAUGUCGGUCACCCACAAUAUUCCGCCCCCUUUUAAUCGCUCCAUAUCGUCUGAUCCAACAGGCGGCAGCGGCAGAUCACUUACUAUGAAAGGAAAGGUGAUGGUUGACUUUGAAUCCUAUUCUCGACACGGGCCCAACGAGCCCAUCCCAAUGGGAGAGCUUACCGUCUCUGAAGAUGACAAGGACGAAGAGUGUCGGUGCCUCAAGUGUGAGCAUGAGGACGGGCCAAGGGGUAACCAACGUUACGACUGGGAUGAAGUUCAGCCUAGUGAUACCUUCAGCGACGACCAGUAUCUCAUUUGCCCACCUCGUGUCUUGGGCUACCACCUGAUGGAGAAGAAGUGGGUUGAGCUUCUAGUCGACAAGGUGCAAGUCAUCAUGAACAAACAGGUCAAACACGCCUUCGACAAGCUGCAGCUGGGGGCCAAGCAGAAAGAACUGAUCAGCCAGCUGGUGAGCGGCCACGCCAACGACAAAACGAGCGAUGGGAAGUCGCUGCGCGGCCGAAUGAACGAUCUUACGAAAGGAAAGGGGGAAGGCCUUGUGAUUCUUCUGCAUGGCCCACCGGGAGUUGGAAAGACUUUGACGGCAGAGAGCGUUGCUCAACUCACCGGGAAGCCACUGUUCCCAAUGGGCGUUGGAGAUAUCACCACGGAUCCAUCAUUGGUCGAGAAACGAUUAGAGCAGCUCUUCGAACUUGCUGCAGCUUGGCAAGCUGUGAUGCUUUUUGACGAGGCAGAUGUCUUCCUCGAGAGCCGAGCCACAACCACCGACGUGACCCGCGUGGGAUUGGUGUCGGUCCUGCUCCGAGUACUCGAAUAUUACCAGGGCAUCCUGAUCCUCACGACGAACCGAAUCCGCUCCUUUGACAUUGCAGUCCAGUCGCGCAUCAACCUCGCCGUACAAUUUGCAGACUUAAAGGAGAAGCAGAAGAUCAACAUCUUCAGUAACUUCAUUGAUCAAAUCCCUGCUGCAUUCGUCGAGGAGAAGAGAAAGAUUCUUCAUUUUCUUACUGACGACGAUGAAGCUGCCAACAGACUUAGUGAACUCAAUGGGAGGCAGGUGCGCAACAUUGUCUUCUCGGCUGCAUCCCUAGCUGGCAACCGACAAGACCCGGAUAAUGUUCUGAGGCUGGAAGAUGUGAAGCGUAUGCUGGACGAGACGUGGAACUUUCAGCACCAUUUGCGUGAGUUGACCAAGGCAGCCCGAGAGAAGAAUGAAUGA